GCCAAAAACAGUGUGACACACUGACUGUCAUGUGUGUCAAGUAAAGGCCGAAAAUAACCGAUCAGGUUUAUUCCCGUUUGUUUUAUUUACGGGUUGGAAAAUGCUUUUGUUUUGUCCAACGUGUGGAAAUGUGCUGAUCGUUGAAGAGGGUCAAAGAUGCUACAGAUUCGCGUGUAAUACUUGUCCAUAUGUACACAACAUCACGAGGAAGGUAAACAAUAGAAAGUAUCCCAAACUGAAAGAGGUCGAUGAUGUUCUCGGAGGCUCUGCCGCUUGGGAAAACGUAGAUUCCACAGCAGAACCUUGUCCAAAAUGUGGGCAUGCAAGGGCUUAUUUCAUGCAGAUACAAACCAGAUCUGCAGAUGAACCAAUGACAACUUUCUACAAGUGCUGUAGUCCACAAUGUGGGCAUAGGUGGAGGGACUAAAUCAGAUUUUGGAAUAUACAUCCAAUACGAUGCAUUCUGUUUCCAUAUACUGUAAUAAAGGUUGGGAUCCUUAAAACACAAGUUAUCUUUUCACAUGCUUUUGCCAUUUGUUUCCUAAAAUAGAUCAGUUUUGUGGUCUCUAUAUUGUUUACAGACUGUUUGCUCUGACCCAGUGAGGCUUUUGUGAGUGUGUGUGUGUAAAUAAAAAGAGAACUCAC